CGGAACCCAAUAAUCUCUACCAACUUGUUAAUAGGAGUUAUUGAUAUUAUAAUGGGAAGGUAAAAAUUGUUACCAUGCUCUUCAUGAAAGGGGCUGACAGUAUUUUACACAGUUGUACUUUCAUACUUUCUAUUUCUUUUUUUUUUAAAUUCUAUAAUUUCACGUAAAUUGAUUUUCUCUUUUUUGUUGUCUACUAAUGAUUUUAUGAUAGGCAAGUCUUGUUUCAUGGAAUUAUAGAGAAUUUAAAGUGAAUUAUCCAAGUUUAAUCGAGGAACCACGUGUUGGCAACUAUUUUUUACGUUUAUUGCUUGAAGAAGAUCGACAUGUGAAUGAAGUAGUUGAUGCAACUACAUUGACUAAUGAAAAUUCAACUAAUGUACUAUCUAUGGGUUUAUCACGUAUUCGUGAUAGUACUGCAUUUUUCAAUGAAUUAUUUCGACGUUACCUUCAAUAUGUUGCAUCGGAUCCAUAUUAUUCUAUUAAUGAUAAUUCAAUGAAACGUUGUACAACUGAUUGUAAUAAUAUAACACCUAAUACAUUACGUCGUCUUACAAUGCGUUGUUUAUGCUUGCAUGCUAUGUCAGUUGUGUAUCAUCGAUGUCAUCAUGAGAUUGGUCCAAUUACUGAUAUUCCAUUACUUACUUAUUUAUUAGAUCGUACAACAUUUGCAUCUGAAAGAGAUUGUCUUCUUUUACUAUUGGAUAAAUUAAUGUUGAAUAAGAAUAAUGUUAUGUCAUUUGUCGAUGCUGAUGGUGUACGUGUUCUCAUCGAUUUAGCAUGUUUAGCACAUUUACAUACAAAUCGAGCACCUACCCCAUUUCAAUCCAAUGUUUUAAAAGCUAGUUCUGAACAAGAGUUUUCUGGUUCUGGUGCGAAUACUCAACGAGAAUGGUGGUAUAUUAAUACAACACAAACAGAACAAACAACUAAUGAAUCUGUAUCUCAUUCUAUUCAAGGUCCAGUUAGUUUUAAUGAACUACAACAAUUGAUUAAAGAUGGACGUAUUAAUAAUACUACAAAAGUAUAUGCUCAAGGUUUAGAUGCAACACCUCGUUGUCGUCCAGAUGGUUAUUUAGCUGAAGAUGAUUUUAUUGAUAUCAAAGAGGAUAAUCAUAACUUUAACAAAUCAUUUAAUCAAUCACAAGAAAAUCAUUUCAAUCAUGAUAGUAUAUCAUUAGAUCAUUCUGAACAAAUGAAUGAAAAAACUAUUGCUUGUGGAAUGUAUGGUUGGAUGCCAGCUAAACGUAUUGUACAAAUACGUUGGACACUUUCUGAUACAUCAAAUAUAAAAAUAUCAAAUUCAUCUAAUAUGUCUACUCGUUCUAAUCCAACUAUUAUGAGUAGUAGUAAUAACAGUAGUAAUACAAAUAAUUCAAUUAUUGGAAAUCAUGAAAUAAACGUUGGUUGUUUAAUUGAUAAAUUAAGUUAUACUGGUGGAAUGUUUACAAAUUAUACUAGUUUAGCUAUAAAAUGUAUAGAUAUUUUACGUCGAUUAUGUGAUAGUUGUUCAUCACGUGAUCAACAUGGUGGUGUUGUACGUCCAUUACCGAAACCACGUCGUUCUAUCUCAGAUAUGAAUUGUCUACCGCAUGUAAUUCAACUACUACUAACCUUCGACCCACCAUUGGUUGAACGUGUUGUCUCUCUUCUACAUGCUGUUAUGGAUCAAAAUCCUUUUCUACCACGACUUUACUUAACUGGAAUAUUUUAUUUCAUAUUAUUAUACACCGGUAGUAAUGUUUUGCCAAUUGCAAAGUUUUUAAAAGAUGUUCACUUAUUACAAGCAUUACGCUUAGAUGAAUUCACUGGUUCAUCAGGAAUGGAUUUAACUUCACGAUCAAUUCUGGGUAAUAUGUUACCUGAUGCUAUGAUUGCCUACUUAGAAAAUCAUCCACCAGAGAAAUUUGCAGAGAUUUUUCUUGGUGAUUUUGAUUCACCUGAGGCGAUAUGGAAUUCAGAUAUGAGACGUUAUAUGAUCAGUCGAAUUACAUCACAUUUAGCAGAUUUCUCACCACGUUUACAUAGUAAUAUACGUGCUAUUUAUCGAUUUAUCGGUAUGCCAAUUAUCAUUUAUCCACAAUUGGAAAAUGAAUUAUUUUGUCAUAAUUAUUAUUUACGUCAUUUAUGUGAUCUACAACGUUUCCCUGAUUGGCCUAUACGUGACCCGGUAGCAUUAUUACGUGAUAUAUUAAAAACAUGGCGUGACGAAUUACAAAAGAAACCAGUGAAUAUGUCUUAUGAAGAAGCAUUAAGUGAACUUGGAUUAGAUCCAACUCUGUUAAAUUCGUCAAAUGAAGAGUCAUUUAUUCGCCGAGCUUAUUAUCAAAUGUCAAUGAAAUAUCAUCCGGAUAAGAAUCCAAAUGGUCGAGAUAAAUUUCAAUCAUUAACCAAAGCUUAUCAAUUUCUAUGUAAUCGUAGUAAAUUAUCACGUGGUCCAAAUCGUCUACAUAUUCAAUUAAUGCUUAGAGCUCAAAGUAUCGUGUACAAACGUUAUCGUUCUUUACUUAUUUCAGAGAAAUACGCUGGUUAUCCAAUGCUUGUAGCGACUAUACUCGCUGAAAUAUCUGAUGAUAAGUUAUUCUCAUAUGGAACACAAAAAUCUGAUGAUCAAACUGAAAAUACUGAUACUACUACUAAUAAUUCACAAUCUUCAACAUCAAAUAACAAAAAUCGAUCCAAUGAAACUGUAGAGAAUGCUGUUCUACUUGUUGCUGCAACAGAAUUAACUUAUGAAACUGUGGUUACUAGUGUAUUGAAUGCAGAAGAAUUACGCCGUGAAAAUGGUAUACCCGUGUUACAAAAAGCAUUUUCACAAUGUUCUAAUUUUUUAUCACGUACAUCAAGUCGACCUGGACAUAUUGUAGUUGAAGUAUGCGGACAUAUUGUAUCAGUGUUGGCGGCUGCAUCUCUAUUUCCUUCUUCACGUCAAUGUAUUCAAGAAACACCACAAUUGUUGAAGGAUACAUUAAGAUUAUUAUAUUAUAAAAAUUUACCGAAACUUUGUUGUUUAACUGCAACUUGUAUAGCAUCAUUUUGUAUUGAUUAUUGGCUAUGUGUAACAUGUUAUGAAUAUGGCGGAUUGUUUCUUCUUCUUCAACAUGUAUUGAACUACGAUUUCACACUGGAAGAAGCGGGUGUUGAAAUUAAUGAAGAAACUAAUUCACAAGUUUUAGCAAAUCGUUUAGCUUUAUUAUCAUUAUGGGCUAUUGGUCGAAUGGUAAAUGGUUAUACAACUGGUCGUGAAAUAACAGAAGAUGGUUAUUUAAUGCGUGAAGGACCAGAUGUCAUGGAAGCAUUAAGUCGUUUAUUAACACCACAUUUAGCUAGAAAAAUUUUUGAAUUAAAUAUAUAUGAUUCAAGUCAAAUUGGUCGAUUAAGUAAUGGAAAUAAUGAUUCACAAAUUUUACAUGAUUUCCCAUUAGAUACAUCUAGAGGGAAGUAUUUACGUUCAUUAGCAAAAUUAUUAACUACCAAUUCUGUAACACCAUAUUUAAUAUGGGAUAAUCGUUGUAGAGCAGAAUUAGAAGCAUUAAUUGAUCUACAAGUUGUACGUUUAAUUAAAACUGGUGAAUGUAAUUUAAACUCUGUACUAUCAUUUACUCAUGAAUCGUAUGCUCAAGAAUUAUUAAUUGGUGAAGUGUUUGUCAGAUUAUAUAAUAAACAACCAGCUUAUACAUUGGAUGAUCCUAAAGGUUUCAUCAUUGAUCUAUUUCAAUUUCUUACAAAUGAAUUACAAAAUCUUAAUUCAGAAAAAGUUUAUGAUACUAAUCAACAAUUAAAUCGAACAAAUCGAGUUGAUUCAGAAUUACAAUUUAUUAAUAACAUAAAAGAACAACCUAAUGAUGAUGAUGAAGAUUAUCUAUCCGUAGGUGAUACAAUCAAUUUAGAUGAUGAAAUUGAUUGGGGUGUUGAAGCAAAUAAUAUUACAAAUCAAUGUGUUGCAAAUGUUAGUUCAGCUUUAGAAGCAUUAACUAAUGUUAUACGUCAUAAUACUGGUUUAGAAAUUCAAUGUAUUGGACAUUUCCCCUUACUAUUCUCUAUACUUGAUUUACACGAUCAUCCUGAAGUUCAACUACGGGCGUUAGAUGUGAUUCAAGCUGUUUCUACAAAUCCACAAUGUCUUGAAGAUAUGGCUGCAUCUCAUUUAUUAACUUCAUUAGUUAUGUUGUUCUUAGUCCUUCCAAAAGCUCAUCUUAUACUUAUACAAACCAUGGAACAUUUAAUAUCAUCAUCAUUAUUAUUAAAAGAAUUUAUUUAUGCUGGUGGUUUAAUUUAUUUAAUGGAAAUAAUCUGUCAAUCAUCACAACAACAAAUACGUCAUGCAACGAUAGAUUUAAUAUCACAUUGUUUAAUUAAUAAACAAUUUGGUCGACGUAUACAAGCCAUUAUGAAUCAAUAUUUACCAAAUGUAUUUGUGGAUACAUUAAAAGAUCAACCGGAAACAUUCUUAGCAUUAUUCGAUGCUGAUCAUGAAAACCCUGAGGUGAUAUGGGAUUCUAAUUUACGCAGUAUGUUAACUAAAAUUUUAAAUGAACAAACCCGCAGUUUCUAUAAUUCACAACUUGAUAAUCGUAAUAUCAAAUGGAAUUUAUCAGAUUCAUUUAAAGUACCUUAUACAGAAGUAAUAUCUAAGAAAGCUAAUGAAGAGAAUAAAAAUAAACCAAAUGAAAUUGCUCAAUAUGUUUCAUGUCUUGGUCCUAUUCAAAUAGCUAAUGUUUAUUUACAUUUGUAUAUAUCACAUCCUGGUUGGACAUUACGUAAUCCAGAAUUAUUUUUAAAUGAAUGUCUAGAAAAAUGGAUAGAGGCAAUACAUCAAUUACCAAAUUCAACUUUAUUAGUUAGAUUACUAACACGAGCAUGUAAAACUGUGCUGACUGAUCGUCCUGGUCUUACGGAUUCUUUGCCUCGAUCUGGUAAUGUACAUAGAGUUUUAGAAUUAUUAGCUAAAGUCGAUGAUCCAGAAGGUGCUAAAGCGAUUGUCAUCAUUUUACAUCAGAUGUCAGCGAGUAAAUUAUGUGUACAGUCCAUGUCAGAAAGUAAUACAAUUAGUGGUUUAAUUCGUAUUGUUAAUCGUUGUAUUGGUGAAGAAUUAGGUUUAAUUGGUGAAACAUUAUUUUGUCUAUUUGAUACACCAUAUUCUGAUCCAUUAAUUGAACAAGCUUUAAAACAUGAUCUUAUCGGUUUUAUAUUACGUAUGCUCCAAAAUGGUUUCCCAUCUUCGGUACGAGAACCUGGACAAACCCGAGCCUAUCUCAUAAAAGCAUUAAAAGCUAUGCAAUACAGUGCUGUUUAUGGUGCUAAGGUUACUUCAAUUCUUGAAACAUAUCCUAAUUGGGCAGAUUAUCGAGAUCAAGGUCAUUCUUUAUUUAUUGCUAAUGUACCACAAUCAAUGACUACAUAUUUAACAGCUGGUCCAGCAUCAGGUAGUUUACAUAGUGGAUAUUUAACAACAUCACAUGAAAUAACACCUUCAUCUAUAUCAAAACCUUAUUCAUGAAAUAAAUGAUCAAUUUCAUCCUUAUUCAUUCAAUUAUAUACUUGUACUCAGGAUAAUUAAUCUUAAUUGUAAGUAAAUGAAAACAAUCUCUUUCUUUUUUUUUGGGGGGGGGGUAAGGGGAAAUCAUUUAUUACUAUUCCUACAAUACAUAAACAUGCACACACACACACACACACAUUUAAUCUACUAUCAUGUAUACACGUUUACAGGUUGCCCUUCAAAUGUAUUUACAUAAGUGUGAUGGUAUUCAUCCUGAUACUGAUGAAGAUGAUGAUGGUGACGGUGACGAUAACAUUAGUACACCUGUAAUACUGAUGAUAAUAUUUGAUUAUAUAAAUAUUCAUGAUUUCAAUCAUAAUGGAACAUCAAGAAUUCAAUCCCACCAUUAUUAUUACUAAUUUGUAUUGUUUUAAUAUUUAAGUUGAUAAAUAUUCUUACUUAUCAAUUAUUAUUAUUAUUAUUAGUAGUAGUAGUAUUAUUCAAUGUACAGAAUAAGUAAAGUCGAUAAAAGGAAACCAAAUUGUAAUUGUGUGUGUGUGUAGGGGGGGAGGAAGGUGUUGUUGUUGUUGGAGGGUGUUGUUUUGAUAUUUUUUUAAAUUAUAAAACAAAAUGUACUUUUAAAUCAUUUACAUGUUCUUUAUAAUAAUGAAACGAAUGUAUUUAUUAUAUAAUAAUAAUAAUAAUAAUAAUAAUAAUAAUAAUAAUAAUAAUAUGAAUAUGAAUAUGUUUAAACAGUA